ACAUAAGUUCCGAUCUUAAAUACGGUACUUUGGCAAAAUGAUGGAAGAAGUGUCUCAUCCUGUGGAAUCAGGUACAUUGACCCCUCCCCCUACUGCACCACCUGUUGUAUCUUCUACCAGUCCACCAACUCAAGUUGGAAUGACACCACCACCCCAAGCCCCUAUGUCUUAUUCCGCAUCACCACCAAGUAGCUCCUAUACUCCAACUUCUGCUCCACUUCAGGGAACUGCUUAUCCUUCUCCAAUGGUUCAGAAUCCUGCUCCACCCACCUAUCCCACUUCAAAUUAUCAAGGUACUCCAGAAGCAUCCACUAUCAUGUUGCCGGACAUGCCUGAAUAUAACACAGAUCAAGAAAAUAGGGGCGAUUCUGGUUCAGCUGGAGGUAUGUGGGGAUGGUUCAGAUCUGCUUCACAGAAUACCUUCGUACAAUCCGUUGUCGAAAAGACAAAGACUGGUGUUGAUCGGAUGAUAACAACGCUUGAUCCUGGGAUGACACCAUAUCUUAGACAGGGUGGUGACAUUUCUGUCAUUGUUGCAUCAGAAAAAAUGGUUAAGUGGGGUGCCGUGAGAGAUGCAUUUCAGAGGGUUUUUGGAACAGCUAAUGUGAAGGGGAUUCCAGCUCAGUCAGGUGUGGCUCCACAGCCUGUUGGAUAUGCUGCAGGAUUAAGAGGUGCCCGUGACCGUAUCAGCUACCUCCGCAGGUCAGGACUGGUGGAUGAAAGGCAGCUUUGUGUGGCAGUUGAAAGCUUUAUUGCUGAGUUACUGCCUGAUAAGUGGUUUGAUAUUGGAUGUGUCAUGCUCGAAGAUCCUGCAAGAAACAUCAAUUUGGAAAUGUUCACACAAGCUGUGCCAAUCCCUCCCGAAAUUGUAAGACAUGUUCAAUCUGCUACACCCUCAGACUACAAUUUAAGCUGGUCUGGUUUAUCUGUUACAAUUGGCCAAGCCUUUCAGCACCAUAUGCCGUGGGUGCAACCUACUGAUUGGCAUAAGACUCUCACAGGACAAUCUCGACAAACAAUUAUUUAUGAUGCUGUUGUAACAUUGGCUGGCCUUUAUCAAGAGAAACUGCCGAAGACAACACCAGGAAGGCCAAUAUGAAAGAUCCCGACUUGAUAAAAUAUUUUUGCAUAAUGCCAUGUCAUUCCACGAGCUCAUUUUUCUAUAAAAAGAUGCUAAAAAAUGUCUGUAGUUUUAAGGAAAAUUAGAGCAAAUGAGAUCUGUUUAUUGCAGAACUUGCAAAGCUUGACAUGUGUGGUCAAUUUGCCUUAUAGCUUGAAUAAUUGGAAUAUAUAUUAGUUAGUCACCUCAGAGUGUGGUCGAUUGACCUUCUUUCCAAAGUUUUCAUCUGGGAUGCUGGAAUGAAAUAAAUACACAAAUCUAAUCAUAUUUCGCAUGCAAACUUUCAACUAUCCUUGUGUUAGAAUAAAUAGCAAGUUUGCUACAUAGAAGGCGCUGUCGCCCUCGCUACCAUCAGAGAUGUGCAAUAACAUAUAUUAAGUGUAGUUGAUACCAGCUUAUGUUGUUGUUUAGAGAAUACUGAUAUAUUUUAUGUUGGUGCUGUGUGCUGUCAAUCAUAAUAUUGCUGGCUGAUAGAUGAUACAUUCUGUAUAUAAACCCAUUUUAUUAUACAUAUAUCUUUGAACUAUAAAGUUACUGUCGACUUUAUCGUUUAUUGGAAAUAAACAAAAAAAAUUGAUCUUG